UAACUGUGCCACACACUCUGCUGCUGGAUAUUGAAUUAUUAAAGCCGUUACUGUUCCUUGCCUUCCAAUCUAAAAUCCAGACGGAUAAAAGGCUUUCUACACAAGUGGCACAGAGAGCCUUUCUGGGAUGCAAGGGUACUUUGGUGGUUAAAAGACACCAGUUACGCAACAGUUAGGCAGCAGCCAUCAUAAAAAAAAAAACAUUAAUUUGCAUUUGAAAAAAAUCGUGGGAGACAGUAACAAGUUAGCGAACAUCCAGACAUAGCACCAUCUUCUACUGCCAUCGUAAUGCAGGAAUCUUUGAUGGAUAACCGAAGGAGUUUAUCUAAGACUACAAUCACAGUGUUUAUUACGUGGACUCAUUGAUCAUGUUUAUCUAGCGUCUCAAGAAAGAAAGCUCCAGCUGGAAACCACUGUUCAACCUGCCAACAUGCUGGAGAAUUCUUGGGGACUUACGUUCUGUUUUUCUUACUUUCUGAUAUGCAGUUUCUCCAAAAGUCUUCAAAAUCUACCUGCAAAAGAGCACAGCAAUAAUCCUGACAGAGAUAAGAAUAUACCUUCUGUGAUCAUUACAACUUCUGAGUAUGUUUAUGAAGGUACCAACAUCUCUUCAGACUGGUGGGCUGCUGUGAGGUACUGUGAACUCAAGUUUGGCCAUUUGCCUUUUGAAGUGCCUGAAAGUGAUCUGGUUGAUCUGGGGAAACUGCAGCUGUUGAAUAACAUAAAUGGGCCUAUAUGGUUAAACCAAAAGGAUAAAACCAUACAAAAUGGACUGCGCAUGCUUCCAGUUCUGAUAUUUCAAAACAAAACGAACACAAAGUUUGUAAAAAUAUUACUCGAUUUCCCAGCAAUGUCUGCAGUUACGGUCUGUGCACGUGUACAGUGGGAUAACACAAAUCGGGAAAUUUCAGCUGUAUUUUCAUAUGCUGUCCCAACAUUUAUGAAUGAGUUACAGCUACGAGGUUGGAUUGAUGAAGAUGGGUUUGUGCGGCUUGCCUUAAUGGUCCAUGGACACCAUUCAGCUUUCCUACCUAUUUUUAAAAGUGAUGGACAGUGGCAUCAUUUUUGUGUGACGUGGCAGAAGUGGAAUGGCAGCUGGGAGAUUUAUGCUGAUGGUGAGAAGAAAAAAGUGGGUGAUGGACUUCAUACUCUACAAGAAAUUUAUGGCCAUGGAACAUUCAUCAUUGGUCAGGAUCAGGACUCAUUGGGUGGCUCAUAUCGAGAGAAGGAGGCUUUUAGUGGUAACAUUACUGACCUGUACAUUUGGAAAGAAGUGCUGAGCGGAGAACAGAUUGCUCGAGUCUACUCAUGCUGUUCUUUGGAACAUGAGCUUGUAUUUGCGUGGAACAACUACAGCCUGGAAAUUGAACCAACAGUGCAAGAAAUAACAAUUCAGCUUUCCUGCCCAGGACUGAGACACUCAUCUGUUCAAGAUUGUGGAACUCUGAAUGCUGCGAAAAAGGAAUUCAGUUUCAAACCAUGCACAGAGCCUCUUAGGUUCAUCUGUCAGUACCAAAAAGAUGUCUACAUGAAAUUGAUAUCAGCGAAACCUAAUUCAGGAAGUGCUUUUCUUGAAAGAGUAAAUGACCUUGCAGACAAUCCCAGGGCUACAGGAAAUGUGUUUAUGAGCACAGAAAAGCUUAACAUAUCUGAAGCAGUUGAUGUUUUGAAGGCUACCCAAACAGCAUUAAAAGAAAGAAAUAUCACCAUGGAGUCAGGAGACCUGCUGAGUGUAAUGCAGUUUUUACGAAAUGUGGCAGAUAUUGGCACCAAAGACCAUGAAAAUCCACAGGCUCUACAGAACCUCAGCUACUACUUUAUCAAUGUAGCCGACGCUAUUUUUGAAGAACAGCAUGCUAGCAUAUGGGCUGACAUUAAUCAGGUUGUUCAGGGACCUAUGCAGAUAGUCCAGAACAUUGAUAGAAUGGCUACAAAUCUGAAUCAGUUGAUGAAUGAUGAAAGAAAAUCAUUACACAUUAAAAGUACCAAUAUCGAAAUUGACGUAAAGGAAGUUGAAUUGAGCCAUAUUUCAAGCAGCAGUGGGAUGUAUGUGGCUAAAAAUGUCAGCAGUGAAAGAGAUCAGAUAGGUGUCCCACCUGAAGAAAUUGCAAGGCUUGCUCAAAGAGGUCUAACAAAGGUUACAUUUAUUAACACCUGGUAUGGUUCCAUUCAGCAUUUGCAUGGACAUGGAAAAGAGACUACAGCACAGGGUGCGACUGUUUCUGAUGGUGGUUACAAAUUUCUGCAUACACAAGUUGGGUCUGCUGUUAUUUCAUCCACUGUUUUAGCAAAUAAUGAAGAAGUUAGCACAGCAGUUCGUUAUCAGCUUCAGCAUAAAACUCAGAGUCCUUUUGAUGUAGUAAUUGAACCCAUCUGUGUUUUCUGGGAUUUUAACCUCAGACCAGAAAUGGGAGGCAGUUGGUCUAGUGAAGGAUGUUCUGCCAUUUCUUCAAAUCCUGUAGCAACUUCAUGUUUUUGUAACCAUACAACCAACUUUGCACUGUUGUUACAAGUUUAUGAAAUACAGAGAAAUGCAGAAGACGAGAUGACAUUAAGGACACUGACAUUUAUUGGCUGUGGCAUUUCUUUCUGUUGCCUGAUUGUUACCUUAGUUCUUUUCACUGCUGUUAGGGUUCCAAAAUCUGAAAGAACCACUGUUCACAAAAAUCUGAUAUUUGCACUUGCCGCUGCCGAAGCUUUGCUCAUGUUCAGUGAGUUGGCCAGUUCAAAUAAGGCAGUAUGCACUGCUGUUACAGCUUUCCUACACCUUUUCUUCAUGGCAGCUUUUGCCUGGAUGCUGGUAGAAGGUCUUCUUCUGUGGAGUAAAGUGGUUGCAGUAAACAUGAGUGAAGACAAAAGAAUGAAGUUCUACUAUCUAACUGGAUGGGGGAUGCCAUUUCUAAUAGUUGGCAUUACUUUGGCAAGUUCCUUCGACAAGUAUGUGGCAGAUGGAUACUGCUGGCUAAAUGUUCAAUCAGACAUCAUCUGGGCAUUUGUUGGACCAGUCCUUUUUGUUCUGACAGUCAAUACAUUUGUCCUGUUCCGUGUAGUUAUGGUUACAGUGUCCAGUGCCAGGAGACGUACGCAGAUGCUAGCACCAAAAUGUAGCCAUGAAACACAGCUGGGGAAUCAGAUAUGGGCUGCUGCUAAACCAGUUAUUGUUCUACUCCCCGUACUGGGUCUGACAUGGUUCUGUGGCAUCUUAGUGCAUCUGAGCCUUACGCUGGCCUACAUCUUUAUCGGCAUGAAUUCAUUUCAGGGCCUUUAUAUAUUCCUGGUGUAUGCAGUAUAUAACAGUGAGGUGAGGCAUGCUAUCAAAAGAAUAAAGGAAAAGAAGAAAGCUCUGUCAUUUACAAACUGUUCUCACCCAAUAAGUUACCUUUCAAGUCCAAGGACAACUACAUCAUGGGAUACAGGAAAGCUGCAUUUCUCAUUCUCCAACAGCACAUCUGCAGAGAAAAAGUCUGCCAUGAAGUCACAUACAAACAAAGGAGAAUUUGGUCCAGAAACCCCCGUAAGUUUUUCAAGAAACCUGACUACAGAAAAAUCAGCUGUUCAACUGACAGCAUUCAAAUCCUCAGGUUUGUAAGAUCAGCCUUUGAAAGUGAAUGAACAAACACAUUUGAAAACCAAGAUUAAACUGGAAAAAGAAGAUAACAUCUGUUAAAUCACCCUUUUCAUGAACUGAAAAUGUAUUUUAUUUCAGAUGACUGAGCUCAGAUCCAUUACUUUGUAUUUAGAGAUGUGUUAAUUGCACCUGUAGCAUUAAAGAAUAACUCCAUGCCUCCCAUUCAUGUGGAUCUGUCUGGUUUCUGAAUUUUGUGUUUGGGUCUUUUGUUGACCUAUUUUGAAUAGCCUGUACAAGAAAACUCCAUGAGCUCAAGAGAAUUUUGGCAUCUACAACUAUAUUCGUUUUUUUGUACAUCUGACAAAAUGUCAUCACAACAUUGCAUGCAAGUGUUAAAUAUUGGUGAUAAAGCAGCUUAUUUAAUGGCCAGAAAAGAACAGGCUUUGCAGAAAUGUUUUUAGAGAUAUAUUUAUAUGAGACAUUAAUGUACUUUUGGAUGACAGUUAUUUGCAGAAAUGCAAAGACAUAUAAUUUGAUAGAAUUUUGACUUCAUUGACUAAAAGUGCCAGUUAUAUGCUUGACAAGGAUUCAGAAAAAGUUAAAACUUUUGAUCCUCAGAGCAAAUGUAGUAACAUAUUUAGUAUUUUUUAAAAAAUUUUUAUACUAGAUGUUCAUUUCUUUUAUUGGAAUAUUCUGAUUUUCUGAGCUGCUAUACCUGAAUAAUAUGUUCUGUGUCUCCUGAGAUCAUAUUUUGUCAGCUUAAUGCCAUAGCUAUGUGAAUAAAAACACAAGAAUUGGACUGAGUUAUAAUAA